AUGGCCUCGCUAGCGACCAGGAAUACGUUCGCCGCCCUGCAAAAGUCCAGCAAGAGUAAGAAGGAUGACGGUGGUAAGAAGAAGCGCAGCAAGGACGAGAAGAAGUCUGUGUCGACGGCCGACCUAGAGAAGGCCAUCUUCAGCCAACCGAGCCUUGGCAUAAGCAAUUGGGCGGAUGACGACGACGAGGAUGGAGACUACGCCAUGCCGGCGCUGCCUGCCGAGUGGGGCGAGGACGCCGCGGCUGGCACGGCCGGGGAGGAGGAACACGAGGAGGAGCAUGAGGAAGAGCACGAGGAGAGCGACGAGGAGGUGGACAUAGAGCAGGAGCUGGGGCUUGAGGUGGCGCCAGAUCACGACGAUGACGAGGACGAGGCCGACGCCGAGGACAGCAAGCCAGAGGGGGACGCCGACGUGACCUCCAGCGCCGCCGCCGCCGCUGCGGCGGCCAGCAAGGCGGCCGCGGCCGCGGCUGCGGCGGAGCGCGAGCGGCAGCUGUCCAAGAAGGAGUUGAAGAAGAAGGAGCUGGAGGAGCUUGACGCCGUGUUUGCCGAGCUGGGGAUUGCCGUCGACGCCGCCGGCAAGGACGAGGGCGCCGGCGGCAAGAAGAAGAAGAAGAAAGCCGCGAAGGGCGAGCAGCAGCAGAACGGACACGCGGAGGGCGGCGAGGCGGCGGCGGCCGCGGCGGCGGGCAGCAGCGGGGGCGGGGCCGGCAAGGCGGCGGCCGCGGCGCCGGAGGCCCAGGCCGAGGCGGAGCCGGCUGAGGUGGUGGACCCUGCAGUGGUGAAGGCACGCUUGGCCGCCCAGAAGAAGGCAGAGGCGGAUAAGAAGAAGAAGAAUGCUGCGGCGGCAGCGGCGGCCCUGGCUGCUGCGGAGGCUCGGGCUCGUGCCAAGAAGGCCGCGUCCAAGAAGGACACCAAGCACUACAACCAGGCACCUACGCGCUGA